UGCUCCCUAAGUCUUUUUACAUUUGAGUGUGGCUCAUGGGUAAAAAAGGUUGAAGAUCCUUGGUUUACAUGGAUAUCACAAGACAAAAAUUCAGGGGAAUUCAGUAACCAUUAGUUAAUGACCAGUGCAGUAGCAGAAUAUGUUUUACUAAAGUCUACUUUAAAGUGCUACCUGAUAAUAUAUGUUUAUAAAUAAUAAUUUUAUUCAUUUCAGUUAAAACAAAUAUUUGUAGAAUGGAGGACUGAAUUAAAAAACAAACUUUAAUAUUAUACACACAGCAGUUCCUGUUCAACAGAACAACCCACAUUUGCACCUGGGGCACCAGGCCACACAAAAACUUAAUCUUAGGUUACUAUAUGACAACAGGAAAACAGUGGAAGUUUAUAAGGAAAGUUGGAGUCAACCAACCUGAGAUAUUGGCGACUUACGCAAGUCUAAAACCACACAAUAGUUCUAUAAUAGAUUCUUAGAUAUUAAAGGGUUUAAAAAGCAAAAGCAAAAUAAUUAUGUAUUCACUUCUUAAUAUUUCCAUUAGACACAUGAAUAAUAAUACAAUGAACACAAUAAAGGAAUAUAGCUCCUUUAGUACUGUUUAAAGCAUACAGUAAAUGCAUGUUCUGUUGUUUUAUUACAGCCUUUCUACAAUCUAGAAUUGCAGAUUUACUUACAAUAGGAAAUGCUUUACAGCCUCCAUAAAAGCUGUCAGGCUAUCUCUAAUUAUGAAGUCAUGACGGUAUUAUAAAUUGCAAUUCCAUAAUGUUACUUCUUCUAACAGUCAGAAGUCCUGAAAUUAUACCAUUAGUGAGUGUCUCAGACUUAGAAAGGUUAAAUUUAUUACACCACAUCUGGUGAAUGUACCUCACCGGCAGUGCAUCUGCUGAGCUCAGACCAUGGAAAGAAAAGAGGCACUUAGGGGGCAGACACUAGAGCGUUUAUAACCCAUCAAACAUUCCUCAUCAUUAGGCUCCUUUGCUCCUAAGUGACACUAACCCUUUUACCAAUUAAACAUAUCAAUCUUAUUAGGAACCGGUCUUUUGACCAAUAAAACAUGUCACUAUCAUUACAUCAGUUGGUUGUAGACGCUACCAUUAAACCAACAGGCAGAUCAAAAGAGUAAAGUGUUAUGCAAAUUUGUUUCAUUUAAUGUCAUUAAAGCCUGAAGGGAUCUGUAUUUAUGACACCUAAAUGUCUGCCUCUUAGUCCCAAAUGUCCCACAUCUAUAUAGCAGCUGGGGCAGUCUAUCAUCCCCUACUGCAGCUGAAGUACAUGUUAACCCUUUCUCAUCAACAAGAACUGAAUCUACUGUCCAUACGUUAUACUGAGGUGAGCAAGUUAUAUAUUAUUUUGUUUCUAUACUGUAAUAUAGGGUUGUCAUGGGAUAAACCAUGAAAUAAGCUCUUCUUAUCAAAAUCCGUUUGCAGAUAGUGAAGAUGAAAAAAAAUAUUAAUUAUGGCUGACUCAAAUCCAAAAUCAUUUAUAUCAAACUGAUAUGUAUCGCAAUAAAUUAAUAUAACUCAGGGUAUUAUGGUACUUUAUUGAGGUAACUGCUUCUAUUUUGUGUAACAUGCUUAUCAAAUAUUCCCCUGCAAGGCUGUUUGUAAAUCUGUUUAGUACAGCAUUGUGCACAUGGAUUAAACAGGGACAGUUUGAAUAACUAUUCCUAAACAUUAAUUUAAAAGUCUACCUGAUCUCUAAAUUGAUUUCUAGGCAUGCAUUUAUUUAGUUAUCAAUAGAACAAAACCUGUAGAGUAUAUGUGAAACGGAAAGAAAUUACCAGGGACCCCACCCCUCUAGAGGUUUAACAUGUCAGUGCUGCUUUUAUGCAUGUAUUCUUCACUGCCAAGUGCAGUGAGGUUUUACAUAUAAUUUGCUUUAUGGGUCUGUUAUAGUAAGGUUCUUAUACAUAUGAAAAUCUGGCAUUAAGGAGGGGUCAGUGGAGGGGGCAGAAGGAGGGGCGCCAGCACCCUCCAUCAAGAUGACAUACAAGAGAGAAUAAGACAGGACUCGUUUAGACGUUUGGCUGGAAUUAGAGCGUCCGCUCUGGGUGAACCAGCACUUUUGUCCUGCUCCUCGUUAUAGACUGUUGAAUUGGCACAUACACCAUGCCAGAUUUUGCUGGGAUCUGGAAAAUGAAGAGCAGUGAGAAUUUUGAUGAACUUCUGAAAGCUCUAGGUGUCAAUGCUAUGCUUAGGAAAGUGGCUGUAGCAGCAGCUUCUAAGCCUCAUGUUGAAAUUCGUCAAAAUGGGGAGCAGUUCUAUAUCAAGACAUCCACCACUGUGAGGACCACAGAGAUCAAUUUCACAGUGGGAGAGGAAUUUUAUGAGGAAACGGUGGAUGGCAGGAAAUGUAAGAGUUUCCCUGUUUGGGACAAAGAAAAUAAGAUUUACUGUAAGCAGACUCUUCUGGAUGGAGCAGGACCAAGGACAUACUGGACUCGUGAACUUGUGGGAGACGAGUUGAUACUGACAUUUGGAGCGGAUGAUGUGGUCUGUACACGGAUAUAUGUGAGGGCAUAAUUCAUGGCCUCUACUUCUUGAAAUGAUCUUUAAAACA